AGGAAGGAUGGAUGAUUUUAGUUAUGAUUACGAGAUAAACUCUGACAGAGAAUGGAAUACAUUACAUACAAAAACACGCACCUUAUGGAUGAAUCCUUGUAGAAUUUUACCUCCAAUUCGUGAAGAAAUGAAUGAUGUAAUGGACGACAGUGACGAUGAGGACAGUAAUUUGAUUAGCUGGGGUUGUGGUGAGUUUGGUCAGCACGGACAUGGUAUUCAGGAAGAUAUUCCUAUUGAUGAUGGUUUAAUAGACAGGUUCACUAGAAACAGUCAAGUCAAGAUGGCAGCAUGUGGUGCAAGUCAUGUGAUAAUAGUAACUAAUGAUAACCAGAUACUUGGUUGGGGUAAUGGCAACAGUGGACAACUGGGUAAUGGCACAACAGAAACCAAUUGGCAUCCCAAACCUAUCUUCCUACUGGAUAACCAUAAACCUAAUCCACCUAUAGCAGGCGUGGCAUGUGGUGGCAGACAUACCAUGGUUUGGUUGACCAAUGGCAAUGUGUUCAGCUUCGGCAAUAACUUCUAUGCUCAACUUGGAUAUGACUUCAAAGAACAAAAUUAUAAAGAAAAUCAGGAUUUGAAGCUACCACCAUUAGGUAGAAAAUAUUGUGAUAACAACUAUGUAUAUGAGAAACAAUCACAUCGUCCUGACCAGACAAGUCCACAUUUACUCAAGUUCCUGGUAUAUAGACCAGUUGUGCAGGUUUCCUGUGGAGAGAAACAUUCUGUGUUCAGGUUUCAAGGCGGGUCAAUAGCCUGCAUUGGGUGCAAUACUCAUGGUCAGAUUGGUUCAGAUAACAGAGAAGAAGCAGUGGUUCCAAGGUUCCUUGAUAUAAAUCAACCAAUCAGAUUCAUAGCUUCUGGUGCUAAUCAUAACUUAGCUAUAACAGGUGAAGGUCAAGUUUAUCAGUGGGGAUAUGGAAAAUCAUGUGGAGACAAGAACAAACAUCUCUUGUCACCAACACUGGUGGAAAAACUGUCAAAUGUGGUCAGAGUGGCUGCUGGGGCUCAUCACAGUAUGGCAUUAACAGCCUCUGGAUCUGUGUAUGUUUGGGGAUCAGGAGUAGAUGGUCAGUUAGGACUCGGAGAUAAAGUCUUAUUCCAUACCACACCUAAAAGACUAAAAGAUUCAAGUUUACACAGAAAAGUCACCUACAUCUCAUCUGGAGAAUGCUACAGUGCUGCUAUCACAGAAAAUGGCAAGUUGUACAUGUGGGGUAAAAAUAGCCAUUGUAUAUUACCUAACAGACCAACGUCUUUUAAGAUCUGGACACCAUUCUGUGUAAAUACUGGACUAACGACUGUCACUACUAUCAGCUGUGGGUCCUGGCAUUCUGUAGCAUUAACUGGUAUACCAGAUCCAGUUUCCUAUUAUACUGACGGAAAAUCAGAUAUAACGGAAGUGGAAAUACAACCAGGCAAAAUGGUGGAUGUUAAUGGGAGUAACAGACACAAGGAUAGUGAUGAUACUUCAGAAGAAAGUGAAGAUGAUUUUAAAGAAAAGUUACCAAAUAUUGCCCCACGGGAAACAGCAUUAGAUGGAGAAGUCAUUUUAUCUGUAACAGUCGAAUAUCCUGAAGAAUUAUUACACAAACGUUUAGUAAACAGUCCUUCCCUAUCUAGUGAACAGAAAUGGCAACAAAAUGUUCAGGAGAAACAAGAAACAGACAGAUCAAGACUUGUUAUACAGAUGCCGUCAGAGGCAAAACCUCAUUUUAUAGAUGCUUCGACUUCUCCUAUACCAUUUAGUAGUUCAGAAUCAGAAAGUGAUGGAGCGUUACAUUCUAGUCGUAUUCUUGCUAAAUUAGACAAUAUAGACGAUGAUCGUGUAGAUAAGCUCGCUAAUACUCCGUCACAAAAAUCUGUGUCACGUUAUCCGUUAUUCUUUGACAGACAGAAAACAAAUGCACUCAAAGAACAACCAUCAUCAGUCGUGCAGUUCAGUAAAACAAACGCUGAAAAUUACACGCUGCCAAGAGAAAAUACAAACUUUAGUUGUAAACAAAUUGAUUUGACAGAAUUAGAAGUUAUUAAGACAAUACAUGACUUAAAAUCACAAGAGAAAAUUGUUCGGGCAAAUUUGAUAAAUGAAACUGGCCAGACAUUUAUUGAGUCGCCUGUCAGCAAAUUAUGUUCCGACAAUAAAAUGAGAGACAAACUUUUUACCAGAUCUUCAGAAAAGUCUUCACCUACUUUGGACAAUGGUAGAAUUAUUGAUAGUCCAAUUCAGAAAACUGGUCGCCACAGUGAUACAGCCAUUUUGAAUUUGGCAAUGAGGGACAGAUUGUCUGUUACGAAAUCUCAUCGGAGUGUAGAAAGUGCCUUAGCUGAAUAUUACUCAUUAGAUGAUGGAAGGUGGCCACUUAAGCAGUCAAACAGUAUUCCUAAGAAAGGGGAUGCUGAUUUUGGAGUAAGUUGUGGUUUAACAUUUAUUUAAAAGAAAAACUUUUCACUGCACAGUCAAGUUACCUGGAUUUUUUUAUAUUUUUUAUGCAUGUAUGGUUAUGGGAUUCAUAGAUAAUGCCAGGAAAGUAGUUAAGUAACUUCAAUUGACACAUAAUUUGUUUUAAUAUACAAUUCACAAUAAGUCACAAUUAUUUUUACUAAUUGUAUGGUAAAAAUUAAUCCAUUUUAAUUUUGACAUUUAUUUUUGAAAUUUUGUUUGUAAUAUUUGCUAGUAUUAUAACUGCUACUUUGAUUGAGACUUAAUAAAAAAAAUAAACAGUUUAUUUGAAAAUAUGUGAUGUUGAAUUCACUGAUUUUAUUGUAAAUUUAACCUUUUAAAGUCAAAAUAACCUAGAAUUAUAAAUAUUGACUUGAUUUGAAAUCCUUUAUAACUUUGUCCAGUAAUUAGAGUCGGGGAUAAUGAUUUUAAAUGCUUUGUACUGUAAACAUGAUUUGAUGUGUUUAGCCAUUUAGUGAUUAAAAUUUGAAAAGAAGUGUUGAAAUACAAGACCGAGUUAUAUUGACUUGUUAAUUUAAUUCCAAUUUUCUCUUGACAAUUGGAUUCAAUUAUUGGUCAUUGAAACUUAAUCACAUGUAUCACCAAUCUGUUAAUUAACUCGUCCUACACAAUUAUAUCAGCAAUUCUACACUUAAAUUGAAGUUUUUGGUAGAAAAUUGAUUUUCCAAGCCCUGGUAAAACCCUUGUGUCAUUGAGUUGACAUCAAUGUUAAAACUUUGUCACUUGCAUCACACAUUGUAUUUUUAGUAAUUUUUUUUAUGAAAGCAUAUUGUUUUACAAGGCAAAUUGCCAAGAAAAAAGUAACUUUUAGAUUUAAGUCUCCUAUGAAAUUUUUACUAAAAUACUUUGAUAGACUGAUAAAAAUGUAUAUUUAAGUAUAAAUAUUUGAAGAAAAUACGAAGUGUCGUAAAGCUGUGGAAUUUUUUUCAACAAAUGGUUCCAAUAGCAGGAUGCUUUGUAUAUAAGUCAGUUCAUAGAAUCGGUACUUUCCCACAAACUCUGGUAAAAACCUGCUGUAAAGAUAUAGAUAAAGACCAGUAUAAUCUAAUCUAAGUUUUUUUUUUUAAAUUGUUUUAGCGGUUUAGCUCUUAAACUUUGGUGUUUUUCAUUAAACAUGAUUCAGAACUCAUACCAGCUUUAGUUUUGACCAAUGUUGGCCUCUUGGGAGUUCUGACCUAUUUAUGGCCUCUUGGGCAUAUUUUUUUUUAAUUGACAAUAGAAAUUAUAUUCAACUUGGUUAAUGAAAUUCGUUAACUGCUUGAAACAAUUUAAUUUAUUUAGCAUAAUGUCGAUCUUUGAUUAAUAAAUUCAUAACAAUUGAAGAUCUUUUAUGAUAAUAAAACCCCCAUAAAAUUGAAAAAUGAAUAUUACAUGCCUUCCCUGUAUAUUGGCUGAUAGUUAUCAAACAUGGACAAUACCUUUCUCAGAUCAGUGAAUACAAGCUGGAUUUUGAGAUACAUGAAUAUUAAAUAAUUUAUAAAGUUUUAUCCUUAUUAAGAUUAGUGAUAUAAUAUUGUGAUUUUACUGUGUCACAUUCAAUCGUUAUAGUAACUGAACUAUAAUAUGCUGUCUAAAACUGAUUUCUGUUUCGGAUAACAUUCAAAACAUUUUUUCAGUUGUAAAAAAUUAUAUUGAAUAAUUGAUGCAAGAUGUGUAAACAUUAACAGUUGACUUGCCUCUAAUUAUAAAGAUUUAACGUCAUUUAAGCAUGUUUUCGAUUCCCCACCGAUACCUUGACAAUUACGUUUUUUUACUCCAUUGAUCUUUUAAAGGUGUGAUCUGUUUUUUACUGUUUGGAAAUCAGUUGAUAAUGGCUUCCUAUUCAAUUCCUACUCAUUUGUUUUGUAUGAUAUACUAGAUUAGCCGAUAGGAAAUUACCGCAAAUUUUCUAAUUUCCGUUUCUGUAAAGUUGUGAUAUCAGUUUAGGUAACGUUGUCAGAUGAGACAGUCUUACCUGGGUUAAUCAGUGUGUUGCAGAAAAUAUGACCACACUGACUGACUGUAGAACUUAACCAAUGGCAGAACUUGACACGGCCAUGCAAUCCAAUAUACAGUUAUCUGUGUGUCUGCGACUGAUUUAACUUAUUACAUAAUUUUAAGCACCAGGGCAGUUAAAGAUUAGGCAUUGUAAUGAAUUUUUUAUGCUUAUAGAAAUUUGAGCUCUACAAAAGUGUACAUGACUAAAUUUAUUUAAUUGUUACAUUGUAUCUCCAUGACAAGUUGGAAUAUUCAAAUUGACACCCAACUACUUAAAUGGACUUAAUGGUAGUUUAUAUAUUGAAACCAAAAAGGGCAUUGAUACCUGCACAUAAAUAUAAUGGAACCUAGAAUUUUUAAUCAGCUUAUCAGUUUUGAAUGAUCCAUGAAUGCUUGAUAAUUAUGGAUAAAAUGGAAAUUUGAUGCAAUUUAUACCCAAUCUUCAAUAUUUACAAGUCUCAAAUUUGAUUACAGUUUGAAUUUUAAUGAUAUGCCUUUGUUUAAAUACAUUUGGAUAUUAGAGCUGUAUGAUUCAUGGAUCAAUGUUUUUUUAUACAUUUUAUUCACUGCAUCAGACACAACUGAAUUAAGAUUACAAUAUUUAUACUGAAAAUGAUGUAAAUUAGAUAAUCAGUGUAAAUAUAGUCAUCAACAUAUGUAUAGCACGUUAACUCUUUAUGGCAUAGUAAAUAUAAUCAUCAACAUAUGUAUAGCAGGUUAACUCUCUAUGGCAUAGUAAAUAUAGUCAUCAACAUAUGUAUAGCAGGUUAACUCUCUAUGGCAUAGUAAAUAUAGUCAUCAACAUAUGUAUAGCAGGUUAACUCUCUAUGGCAUAGUAAAUAUAAUCAUCAACAUAUGUAUAGCAGGUUAACUCUCUAUGGCAUAGUCAUCAACAUAUGUAUAGCACGUUAACUCUCUAUGGCAUAGUAAAUAUAAUCAUCAACAUAUGUAUAGCAGGUUAACUCUCUAUGGCAUAGUAAAUAUAGUCAUCAACAUAUGUAUAGCAGGUUAACUCUCUAUGGCAUAGUAAAUAUAGUCAUCAACAUAUGUAUAGCAGGUUAACUCUCUAUGGCAUAGUAAAUAUAAUCAUCAACAUAUGUAUAGCAGGUUAACUCUCUAUGGCAUAGUAAAUAUAGUCAUCAACAUAUGUAUAGCAGGUUAACUCUCUAUGGCAUAGUAAAUAUAAUCAUCAACAUAUGUAUAGCAGGUUAACUCUCUAUGGCAUAGUAAAUAUAGUCAUCAACAUAUGUAUUGCAGGUUAACUCUCUAUGGCAUAGUAAAUAUAGUCAUUAACAUAUGUAUAGCAUGUUAACUCUUUAUGGCAUAGUAAAUAUAAUCAUCAACAUAUGUAUAGCAGGUUAACUCUCUAUGGCAUAGUAAAUAUAGUCAUCAACAUAUGUAUAGCAGGUUAACUCUCUAUGGCAUAGUCAUCAACAUAUGUAUAGCAGGUUUACUCUCUAUGGCAUAGUAAAUAUAGUCAUCAACAUAUGUAUAGCAGGUUAACUCUCUAUGGCAUAGUAAAUAUAAUCAUCAACAUAUGUAUAGCAGGUUAACUCUCUAUGGCAUAGUAAAUAUAAUCAUCAACAUAUGUAUAGCAGGUUAACUCUCUAUGGCAUAGUCAUCAACAUAUGUAUAGCAUGUUAACUCUCUAUGGCAUAGUAAAUAUAGUCAUCAACAUAUGUAUAGCAGGUUAACUCUCUAUGGCAUAGUAAAUAUAAUCAUCAACAUAUGUAUAGCAGGUUAACUCUCUGUGGCAUAGUGUUGUAAAUCUUAGGAUUUUUUUAUAGUUUCAACCAUUUUUGCAAGAUAUGUGAACAUUACAUGUAGAAUCCUGCUUUAUUUUUUUGCGUGAACCCCAUAUAUAUAAAUUAGUGAGUUUUGGUAGCUUCUAUGGGCCAUUCAGAUAUGCUCGGAAAACAAGAUUCUCGGAACUUCUCGAAAAUGUUUGAUCAAUUCAUUAAUACAGGUAGUUAUUUAUGUCUUUAAUAUGGUCCCUCUAUGGAAAGGCUAUCACGUGAAAUUGUAUAGUUCAACUAUCAAGGUUCAUUUGUAGAUCUGAAAGUAAAAGAGAUUGAUAAGAAAAAAAAUGUCCAUCAGUAAGACUUGACGUUUGUGUUUAUUGAUAGCAUAUUUUAAAUUUUCGGAAUAAGAUUUAUUAACAGGAAUGUAUGUUAAUUCUUUUUGUUUUAAAUUGUUCAACCUUAUAGCAUUUGAAUCUUUGCAAUAUGGUGCAAUUCUGAAAACUCUAUAUGCAUAGUGUUUACCAGCUCUCCUAAACAAGUCUUGGUCACAUCAUUUACAUUAUAUUACACUCCGUUUACUAGACACAACAACAUCACAUUUAAAAUCUGAAUUGACAACAAUAUUGGUUUGCGUUCAUACAUUUUCUGGAUUAAAUGGGCAAUGAUUGGUUGAUUGAUUUAUUGGUGUUUAAUACAACUUUUAGCUCUAUUUUACUAUUUCGUGGCAUUUAGUUUUUGUUGGUGGAGGAAGCCGGAGUCCCAAAAGAGAACCAGCGAUCUUCUAUAGGAAAACUGACAAUCCUAGUCAAUUAAGAUUGGGGUCAAGCACACCUGCCAUGUACAGGAUUCGAACUCACAAACUCUGUGUUGACAAUCUAGUGAUACAGUAGUUUCGACUACUUAGACCACUCGGCCACCGAAGCCACUAAAGGGCAAUGAAUAGUACGGAGUUAAACCACUUGAGAUAGGUAGUUUGACAGCCGAAUUCAAUUAACAUUAGAUUUGAGCCUAGAAUAGAUAUUCGUAUGAUAAAGACUGAAAACAUAUUCUAAUCUAGAAUAUCAGUGCAUAUGCUUUCCAUUUACUAUUUCUUGUACAAGAAAACCACAUGCAUGCAUAGAUACUCAUUUCACUCGCGAAAUGUGAAUUUUCCCAUUUCUAAUUUUAAUUCAGGACACGACAGUUAGAGCUUGACAUGUGACUUUGAAGACUCUAGUAUUCUGACCUCUAGUUGUUUCUCUUCUUUUUCUUUUUUUGAGUGACUGUCCUAUCAUAAACUUUUAAAUUUUCAAAAAACUAAGGAUUUUCUACCCAAGGAAUAGAUUACUUUAGCUGCAUAUGGCAAAAACCAUUCGGAAUUUUGGGUCCUCAAUGCUCUUCAACUUCGUGCUUUACUAUUUACAACUAAAAUCAAACAGUGCUUUUUAUUGACUUAUGCAAGAAUCUAAACACAGUUACACAUUUUCAAAAUAUGUUUUAACAUCACCAUUACCUUAUUCUAUUCACAGUCAAUUAUUUCAAAUCAAAAGCAAAAAAAUUCAGCAAUAAUUAUUUGGUGACCAGUCAGAGGUCUGGGGUUCACGUAUUGCUUUUCUUUUUUGAAAGAAAGCAACUUGUUUUUAAAUCAUUUAGACAUAAUGGCCCAUGUUGAAAUAGUUUUCUAAAGGUAUGCAUGCUAGUAUAUAUAUUAUUUAUUCUGAUUAUACAGAAACGUAUGCCCAGCUUUGUAAGGAGACAGAAGCUGAAAAUAUCCCGGUCCGACACAGUAAUUGGACCAAUCAAAUCACCAAGUAAGAUGCCAACAACUAAUCAUAUACAGAGAUAUUCAAAUGUGCAUAAUCCAAUAAACUCUCAAAAAACAUCGGAAUAUAAGUCAAAAAUAAGAAUUCCAGUUCCUAGACAAGUAAGCAUUCCAGUUGGAAGGGAACAACAACAAAAAACAAAUAAUUUACGUGUGGAGGGAGUUACAAGAAAAAAAAUAAUGUAUUCAAGUGCUUCGUCCUGGAGAAGUCGGGAACAGAAUGGUAUGCUUGAUAUGUCAAACUCUUGCCAGUCAGGCUCGCCAUUAUCUAUAGAUUUACAGAACAAACAAAAAGGUGGUGAAAUAAAUGGUCAAAUUCAUAGAGAAAACACCAAAAAACUGUUCAAUGGACAUGUGAAAAGUCCUAGUGUUUAUUCCAAAGGUGUCUCACCUAUGAAAAGGAGAUCUAAAACAACAAUAGGCACGGCAUUUAAUAUGGAACAUUUUCACACAGCAAUGGAUUUUGAUAGUGAUUUGAAAAUUGAUUCUCAAGUUGAAACAUCAGAACAAAAUGGACAAGCUUUAACAUCGGUAUCACAAAUGAUUUAGAGAUCAGAUCUGAGACCAAAGUCUCACUCAGGAAGUACUCGUACACAUUCAGCGCCUUCACGUAACAUAAAUUUACAGUUAAGAAAACUGACUGAGCUUUCUAGUCUAAAACUACUGGGUCAUUUCUAACAAAAAUCUUAACAUAUUGCUAUAUAUUAAUGCUUUGUGAUACUUAGAUGGCAUCCCAUAGAUUUUAUUACCUUUGUAAGUGACAUGUUUCAUGUAUUUUUGCUUAAUGUGUACUAUAUGGGGUACCUGCCCCUGUAUCAAAUUAAAAAGUUUUAACCAAAUUACUUGUUAUAGGUCAAAUUAACCUGUAUAAGCUACAUACAUUAAAGAAUGUUUGUUUUUAAAAAAUCACAUCUCAGUAAAAUGUUAUGGCUUAAUUUGGAUAGAUUCAUUACAGCAGUCACUUUCAUAAUCAUCAUUUGAUAAACAUCAAAUGAAAUAGACCGAUCUUAAGAAAAUUGCCUGUUAAUCCUGAAAUUCUCAGGGCUGCCAUAUUAUACUGUAAUGAAUUUAAUUGCUAUGUGCUAGGGCAUUGGAAAAAAAAAUAUCAUCUUAAUAUUACAGAUUGUUUUGUCUGGUAAUCAUGGUAAUAAAAUACAAUAAAUGAAACUUACAUAUUUUUUUAACAAUUUUUUUUAUUGUGACAAUUAGAUUUUCAAAAAAUGCAAAAGUCAAAUUUUAUGGUUUCUUAUUAUGUUUGGGGUUUUUGGUUUUUUUUUUUAUAAAAUUGUGAAAAAUUGUUUUUGAACUUGCUAUAAGCAGAUUUGAUGCUGUGUCAUCUAAGAUAUGUUUUCAAAGAAAUACAUGUAAACAGCAUGAAAUUUAAGGAUAUACCAUGGUAACAAUAUACUAAUUCUGUGCCAAAAAAUGAUGUAUGCAGUGAUAUUAAUUAAAGUGCUCUAAUGAA